AUGCCGGGCACACCGUCGCCCUUCUCAGGGCCCCCAUCCCAGCAGAGCCGCAGCAGCGUCUACUCGCGCACAGGUCCAUCACGCACGCAAACACCUGGUUAUUCGGACCGGGAUGAGCAGGAAACCUCUUUGUUAGGGCAGCGCAACCCCCCCAGCCCGUACGGCGCACCAUAUGAAGACAUGGAUGCCUCGACCGAUUCCACACGCCGAUACACCCUGCACGACCCGGGCGUAACGGUCUUCGCCGCGCCUCCCUACCAAGAAUCCGAGGUGGCCGACCUGUAUGAUGCGGAGAUGGCCAACAAAGACGCCAUUCCCUUGGACACCUGGGGCCCCAGCAGCUCCAGCGGCCGAUCCGUCGGACGCUCCGCCGGCGGCCUGCGCCGCUACAACACCAGAAAGAUCAACCUCGUGCAGGGCUCCGUCCUGAGCGUCGACUAUCCCGUGCCGAGUGCGAUCCAGAACGCCAUCCAACCGGAAUAUAGGAACGCGGAGGAAGCGUUCACGGAGGAGUUUACUCAUAUGCGAUAUACCGCUGCGACUUGCGAUCCCGAUGAGUUCACCCUGCGAAACGGUUACAAUCUGCGCCCCGCCAUCUACAACCGACACACCGAGCUGUUGAUCGCCAUCACGUACUACAACGAGGACAAGGUGCUGACGGCCCGUACCUUGCACGGCGUGAUGCAGAACGUGCGCGACAUCGUCACCUUGAAGAAGUCGGAGUUCUGGAACAAGGGAGGCCCGGCGUGGCAGAAAAUCGUCGUCUGCCUGAUCUUCGACGGUAUCGAGCCCUGUGACAAGAACACCCUGGACGUGCUGGCUACUGUCGGUAUCUACCAGGAUGGCGUCAUGAAAAAGGACGUCGACGGUCGCGAAACUGUGGCCCAUAUUUUCGAAUACACGACUCAGCUCUCCGUCACAGCCAAUCAGCAGCUCAUCCGACCCCACGGCAAUGACUCGUCCAACUUACCGCCCGUCCAGAUGAUCUUCUGUCUGAAGCAAAAGAACUCCAAGAAGAUCAACUCCCAUCGCUGGCUCUUCAACGGCUUCAGUCGGAUUCUCAACCCGGAGGUGGCGAUUCUGCUGGAUGCAGGUACUAAGCCCGGGAAGAAGUCGCUUUUGGCCCUCUGGGAGGCCUUCUACAACGAUAAGACGCUAGGUGGAGCGUGUGGUGAAAUCCACGCGAUGUUAGGCGCCGGCUGGCGCAAGGUGCUCAACCCGCUGGUCGCGUCGCAGAAUUUCGAGUACAAGAUCUCGAAUAUUUUGGAUAAACCGUUGGAAAGCGCUUUUGGCUACGUCAGUGUGUUGCCGGGCGCCUUCUCGGCGUAUCGGUACCGGGCGAUCAUGGGACGACCGCUGGAGCAGUACUUUCACGGUGAUCACACGCUGUCUAAGCGACUGGGCAAGAAGGGUAUCGAGGGCAUGAACAUCUUCAAGAAGAACAUGUUCCUAGCAGAGGAUCGUAUCUUGUGUUUCGAACUGGUCGCCAAGGCCGGAUUCCGGUGGCAUUUGACGUAUGUCAAGGCGUCCAAGGGUGAGACCGACGUGCCGGAGGGAGCGCCCGAAUUCAUCAGUCAACGACGUCGUUGGUUGAACGGAUCUUUUGCGGCCGGUCUGUACUCCAUGAUGCAUUUCGGGCGGAUCUACCGCAGCGGCCACGGCAUCAUUCGUCUGUUUUUCCUGCACGUUCAAAUGCUGUACAACUUCGCCCAGUUGAUCAUGACCUGGUUUGCUCUCUCUUCUUUCUGGUUGACUAGCUCCGUCAUUUUGGAUCUGGUGGGCACGCCAAGUCCGGCCAACAAGGAAAAAGGAUGGCCGUUUGGUAACUCCGCCACGCCGAUCGUCAACACGUUUAUCAAGUACGGGUACUUGUUCUGUUUGAUGCUGCAGUUUAUCCUGGCCCUGGGUAAUCGACCCAAAGGCACACGGAUUCCGUACACGCUCUCCUUCAUCUACUUCUCCAUCGUGCAAUUUUACGUGCUGAUCGACUCGUUCUACUUGGUGGCGAACGCGUUCACCGGUGGGAUGUUGGACUUCAAUCUGAACGAAGGCGUCUUGGCAUUCCUGCAGUCAUUCUUCAGCUCUAGCGGAGGUGGUAUCGUGCUGAUUGCGCUCGUGUCGACGUACGGAAUCUACGUGCUUGCCAGUGUGCUGUACGCAGACCCGUGGCACAUCAUCACCAGCGCGUGGGCAUACUUCCUGGGCAUGACGACGUCGAUCAACAUCCUCAUGGUGUACGCAUUUUGCAACUGGCACGACGUGUCGUGGGGAACCAAGGGAUCAGACAAGGCAGAGGCGCUACCGUCAGCGCAGACCAAGAAAGACGACGACAACAAGCACAAUUUCAUCGAAGAGGUGGACAAGCCGCAGGCCGACAUUGACAGCCAAUUCGAGUCGACGGUCAAGCGGGCGCUGGCGCCGUUUUCCGAGCCCGAGGAAGAGGGCGGAACCAGUCUGGACGACUCGUACCGGAACUUCCGCACGGUGCUGGUGUUGCUGUGGGUGUUUAGCAAUCUGAUUCUGUCGUUGCUGAUUACCGCGACCGGAAUUGACCGGUUGUGUUUGACGAACACAUCGACCCCCCGCACAAGUUGGUACUUCCAGAUCAUCCUGUGGUCGACAGCCGGUCUGUGUAUCUUCCGCUUCCUCGGGUCGCUGUGGUUCCUGGCGCGGUCGGGGAUCUUCUCGUGCGUCAACCGACGGUAG